AUGAGCGUUGCUGGCUCAACUUCCUCGCGGGGAACUCAUUCGCGAUCCAGAUCCAGAUCACGAUCGAGAUCACCACCACCAUUCUAUAACGACACUCGAAACGGUCCUCCACGCUACUCGUCGCGUUACGAUUCAUAUUCUUAUCGUCCUUCUCGUGGUCCCAAUGCGCUAGACGACUACAGAGACUUCAGAGACCGUGAUCGUGACAGACCUUCCAUGGGCUUAAGAGAAGAUAGAUACAUUCCACGCAGCCGUGAUAGGGAUAUACGCUAUUCGCGAUAUUAUCGUGAUGAUAUGCCACCUCCACCUUCACAUUAUCCUCCGCCAUCAUUACUGCCUUCAAGAGAGUAUUCCAAAUCAACACCAUCCAUGCGUCGUGAAGCUAGUCCCGAUAGGAUGAUCAAGGAUCUCAAGUCGGCAUCAUCUGCUGGUAGUGCAUCAAAGGAAAUUAAGGAUGAUCCACGAAUGCCAAGCAAUGGAUCUGACAGCUAUACACCGCCGCCAUCACGUUACACCGAAUGGAGAGAUCGAGACCGUGAUCGUGAAAGACGCUACAGAGAUGAUGAUCAUCGUUGGAGAGAUAGAGACAACUAUAUGAUGCGUUAUGAUUCUUCCGGUUAUGGUGGUGGUAGUAGUGGUGGUAACAAUAGCAGUGGUGGUGGUCCUCCUCCUCCUCCUCCUUCUUAUGGACCCCCUUUUGGUGGUGAUUCUUAUCGACCCGACCGUGACAACAGAGACCGUGGUCUUCCUUCUUCACCUGCUAGUGCCGGUGGAUAUUAUGAUCGUGAUCGCCUUGAUGAUCGUGACUUUUAUCGCCAUUCAGCACGUAACGCUAUGGAUUCCGAUCGAUAUCGCAGCCGUCGACCAUGGCCACCUAUCAACAUUUCAAAUCAAAGUAAUUCAGGAUUUCCUAGUGGUGCACCUACUGGACUCAAAACAAGAGAUCGUGAUCGUGAAAUAAGGAGUCCUCGCAAUGGUCCAUCACCCACAAGCACACCACCUUGGGUUUCAUCACGCAACAAUCGAGAAGAUUCAAGAUUGGAUAUACGUCAGGAUCAUCAAGAUAAACGACCCUUGUCAGCUACUACGCAAAUGUCGUUGGAUGAUGAAAAAGAACCUGGCGAAACAAGUGAAACGGAUGAGAUGCCAGAGGAUGUUGUCAUGGCAACCACAGCAACCAUCGAUACUACUGCACCCAAAGACAUUCAGCCAUCAUCAUCAGCUACUGUAUCAUCUGCCGUGGAACAACCAUCACAGCCUAAUCAAUCUGCCGGCAUCCCGCAAUCACAAUCUGAGCCGAUAUUGAAUAUCCAGCCUAUGAAAACGGAUGAUACUGAUAUUGAAAACAAAGUCAAAACCGAGCCAGUUGAGACAACUACUACCACUACAGCAGCAACGGAUUCAGCUGAAGCAACCACUACGGGAGGGGAAAUGACGCAACAAGAGAUUGUGGAACGUAUUGGUCAAAUUGAAGAUGAUAUUGCAAUGUAUGAAGAAAUGCUUUCCAAACGUGAGGAUGAGAGCAAAAAAGACAUUGUCAAUGUGGCAACAUUAUCCAGCACAAAAGAGAAUGCCAUACCUUAUUCAUCAGCCAAUGAAGAACAAAAGGAAAAGGAUGAGCAAGAAGCAGCAAAGCAACAGGCACUUGAAAUCAUCAAUCGGGAUGGUCAGGGUCAAGGCAUCACUGAUAUUGAGAACAUGGAGCUCAAAGCAUCUCCCAUCAUGCGAAAGAGACCGCAGCUGUUGAUCAACCAGGUGCGCACCAGUGAUGAGGAAGACGAUUUGCUUUGCGAGAAGCUUUUGAAAGAGAAUCAAUGUGUUGCUAAGGCGAACUCAAUCAUGGUUGGUGGCUGGCAGGGCAAACCAGAUGAUCCAGAGAAUUGGGCUGAUGAAGAGAAAUGGUGUAAGCCAUUGUAUCCACGCAUCGAUGAGUAUCCUUGUUUCAAAGAGAAUAUCAAACGAUUUGAGGAGAUCAAAACAUCACUGGCAGCAAGCUUGGCUAGCAGACAAAAGGAUUUGGAGCAAAAGGGGAAGCGACUCAAGCGUGAAUACAAGCGAUAUUAUGAGACAUGGAAGAGCAAGAAUUUGGCAUUGGAUCGCAUUCAUGAUCAGAAACGAAGAAUACCUGAUAGAGGCAGCCUUUAUCGAUCACGACGACGUGUUGAAGAGGAGCCGGAUGAUUAUGUUGAUGGUGUUAUCUUUAAUGGGGAUCCAUUUGAAGGCUUGCGAUUUGGCACGGAUGGCACUUCUGGAUAUAGUGGUGGGCCCAACAAAGGUGCAUGGACAUCGGAUGCUGCUCGUUCCGAAGCUGAACUUCUUGAAAUUAUCCAAUCGCUUGAAUCAGCUGAUAUGAGGAAUCCUGAAUUACGAGCUGCAAAGACCACAGCAACGAUCCCGGAUAUGAUUCUCGAUGCUAAGGAAAGAAUUCGAACGUUUGAUGAUCGCAGAGGAUUAGUCACGGAUCCGUUGACAUAUUAUCACACUGGUCAUGAUACGGGUGAUACGUGGACACAACAAGAAAUGACGGCAUUUAUGGAAGGCUACAUGCAAUAUCCAAAGCAAUUCGAGAAGAUAGCAGCAGCCGUUGGUACAAAGAGUGCUCCCCAAUGUGUCCUUUUUUAUUAUCGAAAGAAGACCAAGAUCGAUUUUAAAGCGUUGGUGAGCAAGGGACGCCGUGGAAAAGCUGGUAGAAAGCGUGAUCGAUUGGCCGAAGCUGUAAGACGUGCCAGUGGCAGUGCUGCUUAUUCCACUCGCAAGGCUAAGAGUAAGGGAUCCGCUUUGAUGGCUGAUAUUGGCGAAGCACAAGUAUCACGAAAGGCGAAGCAAAAGGAGACCGAACGCAAGGUUAAGGAUACUCGUGGGUUGAUGGAUCCCAAUACUUAUUUGGAAGGCGUACAAGAAAGACGACGUGGCAAACGACCGGUGAUACCUACAUCAUCUCAACUUCCAGCUGAUGACAUUGACAAGACACGAGGCACAGCAACUGAUAAACGACGUAAUGCACGACGUAAAGGUCGAUCACCUAAAGCAGCGUCCACUGGUGAAGCUGAGGAAAUGUAUGUGGAUGAAGCAACAACUUCAGAAGCAACCAAUGAACGAGCUGUGGCACCUACUGCCAGGUGGACUGAAAAGGACAAAGAAGCUGCUGUGGAUGGAUUUAAGCGUCAUGGUCGUGAUUUCGUGCGUGUGGCAUCAUUGGUGGGUACGAAGACUGAGGAUCAAUGUCGCAACUUUUAUCACAAUUACAAGCGCAAAUUCGGUCCGAACGCAUUCAAUGAAGAAAAUGAAGCCAAAUCAGAAUUCAAUGCUGAGGAGGAAGAUGCAGCUGCAACAUUGAUGGGUUUGCAUAUGAUGGGUACAGCUUCAGAGCAACCAUCUCCAUCACCACCACCUCCACCAACACCAGCAGUAACCACAACAACAACAGCAACAGCUCACGUACGAACACUUUCAUCACAAGCUGAGACACAAAAGCAAUCACGAGCCACACCUGCAACAGGAAGACGACGUAGAGCACGUACAUCAUCUGGCAAAGUGGUCGAUAGCGAAAUGAUGGAAGAAUGGAUGGAAGCCGAGUUUUCUGGUCGUGGCAUGCGCAAGACCGUUUCUGAUACUACUGCUAAGCGACCUGCAUAUUCAUCUUAUUGGUCGGUGUCCGAACGUGGUGACUUUGUACGCUAUCUCGAGCAAUAUGGACGUGAUUGGAAAAAGGUGGCCGAAGCAUUGGGAUCCAAAACAGCCACUCAAGUGCGUAACUUUUACAUGAACAAUAAUGAAAAGAUGCAGCUGGAUGAAGUCAUACAACGUCAUCAAUUGGCCCAACAACGAGAAAGACCACCUGGUUUACCUUAUCCGUCAACGAGUGAACCCUUACCAUCAGCCAUGCAAACCGGUUAUUACGCUUCACCUAUUGCUGGACAACCACCACAACCACCAUCAUCAUCACAUCUCCAAACAUCAGGAUCACCUCCUGUGGUACCUCCUCCAGGGAUGAUUCAUUCAUAUGGACCUCCACCUACAGCUACUACAUCGGCACCAACAAUGUAUGUUCCUCCAUCAUCGUCAUCACCAUCAUCACACGUCACCGCGUCUUCAUUCAGCCCUAUACAUCAUCAUCAUUCAUCUCCUCAACCAAUUACAUCAAGCAGUGCAUAUUCACCACAUCCUCAUCACCAUCCACAAACAUCCUCCUCCUCAUCCACUGCUCAACAACAACAACAACAACAACCGCCGUCUCGUACAAUGAGCCCAUCAGCAUCAGUGACCCGAGUAGCCGAUUUGCUCAAUAGCGAUGAGACAAAUGAUACCAGCAGCCAAAAACAAAACUGGGAGUCAUGGUUCUCUUAA